ACAGUACCCCGAGCACGAAAAAUUAUCGUUCUGGUUAUGGUAAUCGUAAUCGUAUUAUUUUCUAUGAAAACCAGAGCAGCGCCGCUACGGUCGUUUGAGGAACUAAAACUUUAUAGCACGAACUUAGUACUCUUGUAAUCGUUAUCGUAAUCGUAUAGUAAACGAUAGUUAAAGUAUGGAAAUCAUAGCACGAACACACUUUUGACAGAUCGUAUCGUUUUUUUCGACAGCAAACUAUCGUAUCGUGUCUCACCGAGCAUUUUACAGUGAGAGAACUCUCGUUUUGGUCGUGUUUCGUGAUAUAAAAUAUUUUUUAAAAUAAUAAUAGGUGAUUCAGUGCUUUAAAAAAUGUCUAUGUUAUCAAGGAACCGUCCAUUACGUAGUUAUUACUACUUAUGGCGUUUAUUUAAUAGCAUUCAAGAAGAAGAAGACGAAAUCAGAAGAGAAAUAAAAAUUAGAAGUUAUUUGAGGAGAAAUUUCAAGCCCCUAGACUUACACGAAAGGGAGUUUAUAAAGAGGUAUCGUCUCUCUAAAGCUGCAUUCCAUUAUAUAUGUAUUGAGCUUAAAAAUAAAACCUCCUUAAGAUCCAGCAUAAGAGUCGAUUUAGAACAUAAGGUAUUAUGCGCUCUAUCUUUUUAUGCAACUGGUUCGUAUCAGCGAAUUGUUGGUAUGGGCAAAUAUUUAGGGCAGACCACAGUCAGUAAAUAUAUAACAGAGGUUACUAAUGCCCUAAAUAACAGAAAUAUAUUAAGCAAGUUCAUAAAAUUUCCUACCAAUAGAGCUGAAAGAGAUAUCAUCAGGCAAAAGUUUUAUACACAAUAUGGAUUUCCCGGCGUUCUUGGGUGCAUUGAUGGAUCACAUUUCCAUAUAUUUUCACCACCAAAGGAUGUGGAACAUCUUUUCUUUUGUAGAAAACAUUAUUAUUCCUUAAAUGUGCAAAUGGUAUGUGACAGCGAUGGGCGAAUUUUAAAUAUUAAUUCGCGUUAUGGUGGAGCUACACACGAUGCAUUCAUUUGGGAGAAUAGUGCCGUGAAUGAAUUUAUGCAAAGACUUGACCAAAGUAAUGAACAUACAUGGCUUCUAGGUGAUUCUGGAUAUCCGCAAAGACCUUGGCUGAUGACACCUAUUACCGACGCAGCUGAAAAUAGUCCUGAAGCUAAAUAUACCUCCGUUCAUGGUCGAACAAGGGUGGUUAUUGAAAACACCUUUGGAAGAUUGAAAAAUCGCUGGAGAUGUCUCAGCAAGGAUCGGACUUUGCAUUAUAAGCCUGAGAAAUGUGCAAGAAUUAUAACUGCAUGUAGUGUUUUACACAACUUGGCCCUUCAAUUUAAUGUUCCUGAUCCUGAGUCUGAUUCUGAACAAGUUUCAGAGAUCGAGGACGUUUUAAGACCUGUGGCACCUGAGGAAAGGGCAGACACUGGAAGGGAUUUACUGAUUAGGGGCAGAGCAAUACGAACUCAGUUGGUACGAAGAAUCAAUAGUUUACAUUAAUAAGGAUAUAGAUUGUCAAAUUACAAGGAUUGAUUAUGUUAGUUAUUAGAUAAAUGAUAAGAAGAAUAUACAUCAAUAAUUUUAAUAGUUAAAAAAAAACUUAA